AUGGGCAACGGGAUUCAACGAGUGAAGUCCCCAUUCUUUCGACAUUCUUCAGUCGACCCCUCCACAAAGAUCCUGCCGAAAUCCACUGAGGAUGGGAACACAUUCCUAAACAUUCCUUUAACAGGCCUUCCCCGCUCUCAAUCACCAGAUACGAUAUCGAACCUUUCAUUCGACGAAUCUCAGCCGAACCAUGGUGCGUGGACUGAAACUCCGGAGGCUAACGGUACACGUUCUGCCUCUUCAGGAUACAGCAAGUCCAUUCGAGACAAAUUGAAAGCAUCCUGGGUGAGAAACAAGGGGUUGGGGCUGGUGUUACUGGCGCAAAUAUUUGGUACCUUGAUGAAUGUCACGACACGACUCUUAGAAAUUGAGGGGAAUAAUGGUAAAGGGUUCCAUCCAUUCCAGAUUCUCUUCGCACGGAUGAGUAUUACCGUAGUAAUCGCAUCAAUAUACAUGUACUGGGUUAGGACCCCACAUUUCCCAUUUGGAGCCAAAGAAGUUCGAGGCCUUCUUAUUGCUCGAGGUAUUGGAGGGUUCUUUGGAGUCUUUGGAAUGUACUAUUCCCUCCGUUACCUACCUCUCGCCGAAGCUACGGUCAUUACUUUCCUAGCCCCAAGCAUAGCAUGCUGGGCAUGUAGCAUCUUCAUAAACGAGCCAUUUACUCGAUUGGAACAGAUUGCGGCAGGAGUCUCGUUCAUCGGGGUCGUCCUCAUUGCUCGGCCAACGUCGUUCUUCUUCCCCUCGCACAACACAGCGGAAAUCCCUGCCGCAGGGAACGGAGACGUCUCUCCAAUAACCACAAACGGGACAGCAGCCAUGCCCUCCAGUGGGCACGAAGCAGGAAACUAUGAAGAUGUCACUCCCGCUCAACGGGCGAGCGCUGUGGGGAUGUCACUCCUUGGUGUCUUGGGUGCAGCUUGUGCAUAUACCACGAUCCGGUGGAUUGGAAAGCGGGCGCACCCACUUAUCAGCGUCAACUACUUCGCUACCUGGUGCACGUUUGUCAGCAUCGUGAUGAUGAUGGCUCUUCCAGAUGUCGGUUUUCUUCUUCCCAGUAGUCUGAGGGAUUGGUCCUAUCUGAUCUUUCUCGGGACCUGUGGGUUUAUCAUGCAAUUCCUCCUCGCUGCCGGGCUGCAGUACGAAAAGUCCUCGCGUGCGACCAAUAUGACAUACACGCAGAUGCUCUUCGCACUGACCUUCGACAAGCUCAUAUUUGGUACUACGCCUGGAGUUCUGUCUCUUAUAGGGUCAAGUUUGAUCCUUGGAUCGGCGAUUUUCGUGGCAGUUAAAAAAGACUUGAGUGUUAAGAAAGAGUCUGAGAGGACAGCCGGAAAUACAGAUGAAGAAGGAGGACGUCUCUUGGACGAUAUGGACGUACAAAUGGAACCUAGAGCACCGGUUCAAGAGGUGCAGUUGCGCACCCUUCGGGUCUGA